AUGCGCCUCAUUCUCGGACUGCUGUUAUUGGCAACUGCCUGUGUGGGUGAACUGCACUGGGACUAUAUAACUUUCACGCAACAAUGGGCCGGAACAUUGUGCAACUUUAAACACUGCCUUGCAAAGCCGGUGGACCCAGAUUUUACCAUUCACGGCUUGUGGCCCACUAAAUGGCCCAAGGGGGAACCUGAAGAGUGCCCCAUUGCACCGCCUUUUGACGAAAGUCUCCUGAAACCUAUUCUGAAAAAUCUUCGCCGAUUUUGGCCGGAUCUGUUAUCCACUGCGGAUCCGGAUCAAUUUUGGAAACAUGAAUGGUACAAACACGGUCGGUGCGCAAUCGAAGACACCAUCAUCAAGAAUGAGUUCGGCUAUUUCAAUACGUCCCUAUUGUUGAAAUCGAGAAUACCGCUGAUGGAGAUAUUAAAGAAGGCUGGUAUUGUACCAAAUAACCAGAUCAUAGUUCAAAAAAAAACAGCUCAGUUGUUGGAAAUACGAGUCUGUGUGAAUCCACAAUUACAACUGAUCGAUUGCUACGAUGAUGGCGUUGGAGAUCUUCUGGGUGAUUUCCCUCACGGAACUGCCAAUGCUAUCUCAUGUCCCACGGAAUUUAUAUUACCCGCUUUGAAUUAG